GGCUGGGAUCUUCCUGCCUUGCCCGCAGGGAAGCCGAUGGAGAAGUGCUCAGGCCUUGACCCCGCCGCCGCUCCUGGUGUUCCAUGAAAGCAGCUGGGUUGCCUCCAUGCACGGCGGUGAUAAGGCGCGGAUCUGAUAACAGCUGCAGAUAAGAACACAUCAGGGACAGGUCCCAUCCCGCCGGCGUUGUUCCGCACUUCCAGUCACACCUCAGCAUGAAUCACGAACCGGAGAGCGCUGCUGAAUCUGCAGAAGAAGAGUCCAUUAACUUUAAUGUCGGUGGAUGGUAUUUCUCACUUCCCAGAAGUAAAGUCGCUCAAUUUCCCGACUCUCUGCUGUGGAAAGAAGCUUCUGUACAGGAGUGGUCUGAAAAUCUGAGAUUAUUUAUUGACCAGGAUGGUUUUAUAUUCAGGCACCUUCAUUCUUACAUGCAGACUUCCAAAUUAUCUUCUUUCUGCUGUGCUGAAUUGAAUUUGUUGUACGAGCAAGCAUUGGUUUUGCAGCUGACGCCUUUAAUACAGAUUUUAGGCAGUUUGAAGGAGGAUAGUUCAUGCGUCCAACCUGCAGAUAUACCAGUAGCUGAAAGAGUGCCUCUGAAUUACUGGAGAACACAAAAAUGUGCCAACAAACCACCAGAGAUCCCCCCUAAAAGCUCAGUGUUCACAGGGUUACAUGAAAGGACUCCCCUAGGACUUGUGGAUACGCCUUUGCUUGAUACAGAAGAGGAAGUGAAUUACUGUUUUUUGCCAUUAGAUUUAGUGAGGAAAUAUCCAGUGCUGGUUAAUGACGACAACUUGCUGUGGCUGCUUGAGAACGCGGCCCUGAUAGAAUGUGAUUACAGUGAAUUCCGCUUCAUAGUUAACUUUCUCCGCUCCAAGAAGAUGUUGUUGCCUGAUGAUUUCUCCAACAUUGAUACCUUGGAGAAGGAAGCUUUAGUUUUGGGAAUUCCUGAACUUAUAGAGGCUGUGAGGAUCUACAGAGGCGGCGUUGCGGCGCGGCGCGGGGCGGGCGGGCGGCGCGGCAGAGCGGGGCGGCGGGCGGCGCGGUACGCGCUGGCGCUGGGGCUGCUGCAGCACUACCCCGAUUCAGCACUCGGACAGCUCCUGGUGGGCAGCGAUCCGUCCCGGCACCGCCUCCACGUCUGCGGCAGCGGGGUCCUCUUCCAGCACGCCAGGAAUUGGCUGGGGACUUGCCGACUUCCCCUCACUGAGAAUAUUUCUGAAAUCCAAGAGCUCUGUGCUCACUUGGACAAAGGGGACAUCACCUAUGAGCCAAUGAAAGAUGCUUUAAAAUGCUAUUUGAAGCAACAGGUGCCAUCCGAGAGCAGAGAUUACAAUGCAGACUGGACAGCAGAGGUGUCAGUAUGUACACUGCAUCAGAUUGUGAAAGUUUAUGUAGGAAGUAACUGGUAUGAAACUUACUUAAAGACUUUGCUGAAGUACCCAGAGCUGCUGUCAAACGACAAGAAAGUCUGUUGGAUCACCUAUGGUCAAAGUCUUCUGAUCCAUGGAGACGGGCAGAUGUUUCGACACGUCCUCAACUUUCUAAGACUUGGGAAAUUGUUUUUGCCUGCGGAAUUUAAAGAGUGGCCUCUAUUCUGUCAAGAAGCAGAGGAAUACCAGAUCCCUUCCCUUUUAGAGGCACUCUAUUGCUGCGAUGCCUACAGGUUAUGGAUCCAAAACAAAGAACUGAGGAACGAAGAUUAUUUCCUGUGUAGAGUGCCCUGGAACAAGGAGCAUGAGUUCAGCAGAGACUCCAGAGAGGUCUAUUCACGUGCAGCUGUGGAUUCCAGUAGACCCUACAUCGAUACAUGGAGUAACAUCAAAUACCUCAAGGGGAAGCGAGACACCAGUGGGGCGAAGGCAAAGCCUCCCAGGAUGGUACCACAGGUUGGGGGGACAAAGCGAAAGAACGCUGCUGGAGGAGACAAUGAGUCCUCAGCCAGCACAGUGAAGUGCAGCGUACAUUUGGAAAGCCCUCCAAGGAAGAGAGGAACGAGAAGCGGCUUCGUGAAACAAGCAGAAAAUAAAGACUCGGCAACUGACAUCCUGAAAUUACUUUCCCUACUGAAGGAAUGGGGCACACGGGACUCCAAGAGAUGGGAUUUUCAGCACGUGAAAGAAUGGGAUGGUUGUGUCACAGACACUGCACAUCAGCACGGCACUCCCGAGGAGGACAGAGGUGCCAAAGCUCCUACUGCUCAUUCUCCCGGGAAGAUGAGCUUUGCAAUUCAAGAAAAUGAUCCCAAAUCUGGGGCUGAAGGACAGCAGCUGGAGCAAGAUGUGUCCAAACAGAGUUUGCCAGAUCCUCCAAGCACUGGAAUGCAUCAGUCCAGCACCAUCAAAACUACUCCUGCAAUGGGAAAACGUAUCAAGAACGGAAACAGGGAACCAGAGGAAGGAAGUUUUCCUGGUGAAGGAAGAGACAAGAGCUUGCAGAUGGAGCCCGUCCCUAGAACAGGCGAACCAAGGGACGGCCAACAAACCAAAGCUCUGCGGGAAGCUCACAGAAACAUGGGCCUGAUUCUGAAAGUUGAGCAUCCUCCAGUUCUAGGCAGUGAUGGCUGUCAUACGUGGAACGAAGAGAGCGUUGUUUACAGCACUCCGCUGGGCGGCAUCCAGCCGGAGGAGUCGAACCCUCGGGCGCUACCCCAAGACGCUGUUUUCCUUCGCUUUGCUCUCUCCCACGAGGAGAUGUUCUACGCCAGGAAGUGCCACUUCUUCCUGACCGACGUCAUCCUGGACUCCAUCAGGCAGAAAGAUCCCAAGGAAAUCACGGCCAAAAUCACGGCCCUUGUGAACAGGCUGUGGACCCAGCAGAUCACACCCAAGGAGUUUGUUGGUGAUCUACUGAGCAUGGAAUACUUCAAAGGGGACAGAAACGUUCGUGAGCAGCUUCUAAAGUGGGUGGAAUUCACACUGCCCUUGGCGUGGAAAUACAGCCGCUGCCUCCAGUUGCUGGUACAGAGAGGGUUUGCUCUAUCCGUCUCCUCCUUUACCUUGGGAAUGUAAGUUUACAGAACGUUAAUAAAAAAAUCCUUGAAAUGUUUUCAUUCUGUUGCGGCAGGUGA